CCUAAACACACUCUCUUCUCUCUCUCUCUCUCUCUCUCUCUCUCUCUCUCCGCCACAGUCCGCCGCCGCCGGAGAGUGGCCAUUCUUGUGGAAAAGAACAUGAAUUUUCUCCUUCUCUUCUUCCUUUUCCCUGUCGCCAUCUCUCUCAACCAAGAGGGUCUCAUUCUCCAGAAGGUGAAGCUCUCUCUCCACGACCCAGACUCUUCUCUCUCCUCCUGGAACCCUAACGAUGCCUCUCCUUGUCGGUGGUCUGGAAUCUCCUGCGGCGGCGAUGGCGGUUCCGCCGUCACCUCCGUCGACCUCUCCAGCUCCAACCUCGCCGGACCUUUCCCUUCCGACAUUUGCCGUCUCCCGACACUCUCGUUCCUGUCCUUGUUCAACAACUCCAUAGCUUCGACUCUUCCUGUCGAUGUCGCGGCGUGUCGGAGCCUCGAGCAUCUCGAUCUCUCCCAGAAUCUCCUCACCGGUGGCCUUCCGGUCACGCUCGCUGACCUUCCCAACUUGAGGUACCUUGAUUUGACUGGGAACAACUUCUCCGGCGACAUACCGGCGAGUUUCGGUGGGUUUCAGAAGCUCGAGGUUCUAUCUCUGGUGUACAAUCUGUUGGACGGGACGAUUCCGCCGUUUCUCGGAAACAUCAGCUCGCUGAAGAUGCUGAACCUGUCGUACAACCCAUUUAAUCCUGGUCGGAUCCCGCCGGAACUCGGGAACCUGACGAAUCUCGAGGUUCUGUGGCUCACUGAGUGUAAUCUGGUCGGCAAGAUCCCCGACUCGCUCGGUCGACUCGGUCAUCUCAUUGAUUUGGACCUCGCGCUGAACAACCUGGAGGGUCCUAUCCCGAGUUCGCUCGCCGGGUUGACUCGUGUCGUCCAGAUUGAGCUCUACAACAACUCGCUGACCGGAAAUAUCCCGCCGGAGCUCGGGAAUCUGAAGUCGCUGAGACUCCUGGACGCGUCGAUGAACCGUUUGACUGGGUCAAUACCUGACGAGCUUUGCCGGGUUCCAUUGGAGAGCUUGAAUCUCUACGAGAACGAUCUUGAUGGUGAGCUCCCAUCGAGCAUAGCACUUUCUCCGAACUUGUACGAGCUCAGGAUCUUUGGUAACCGCCUCACCGGCGAUUUACCCAGAGACCUCGGCAAAAAUUCGCCGUUGAAGUGGCUUGACGUGUCGGAAAAUGGGUUUACCGGCGAGUUACCGGCGAGUCUCUGCGAGAAUGGUGAGUUAGAGGAGUUACUGAUGAUACAUAACUCGUUCUCCGGACGAAUACCAAACGGUCUUGGCGAUUGCCGGAGCUUGUCCCGUGUCCGGUUAGGACACAACCGGUUCUCGGGUCCAGUCCCUUCCGGAUUAUGGGGAUUGCCUCAUGUUUACUUGCUUGAGCUCGUCAACAACUCGUUUUCCGGCGAGAUCGCCAAGACUGUCACAGGUGCAUCUAAUCUCUCCCUGUUGAUUAUAUCGAACAAUGAGUUCAAUGGCUCGUUGCCGGAGGAAAUCGGGUUCUUGGGCAAACUUAAUCAGUUGUUGGCCGGCGACAACAAGUUCAGUGGCUCGUUGCCUGGUUCCAUGGUGAAACUUGGAGAAUUGAGUAUUCUUGAUCUUCAUGGAAACCAGUUUUCAGGGGAGUUACCGCGUGGAAUCAAGUCCUGGAAGAUGCUGAACGAGUUGAACUUAGCCAGCAACAAAUUUUCCGGCAGAAUCCCAGUUGAGAUCGGGAGUUUAUCUGUCCUGAACUAUCUCGAUCUCUCUGAUAAUCUGUUUUCUGGUGAAAUCCCACUCUCCUUACAGAGUUUGAAGCUAAACCGGCUGAAUUUGUCGAAUAACCGGUUAUCGGGUGAGGUUCCUCCUCUGUUGGCAAAAGAAAUGUAUAAGAACAGCUUCCUGGGAAAUCCCGGCUUGUGCAGCGAUUUGGAGGGAUUGUGUGGCAGCAAGAAGGAAGCAAAGAACAAAGGCUAUCUAUGGCUUCUCCGGUCAAUUUUCAUACUUGCAGCCCUUGUGUUUCUCGUCGGAAUUGUUUGGUUCUACUUCAAGUACAAAACUUUCAAGGAAUCAAGAUCCGUGGAGAAAUCGAAAUGGACGUUAAUGUCGUUCCACAAACUGGGUUUCAGAGAAAACGAGAUUCUCGAAAGCUUGGCCGAAGACAAUCUGAUCGGAGCUGGAUCUUCCGGUAAAGUGUACAAGGUUGUCCUUAGCAGUGGCGAGGUUGUUGCUGUCAAGAGAUUGUGGACAAGAUCCAUAAAGGAAACUGAAAGUUGUGAUCCAGAGAAAGGCCAAAACCCUCAACCCCGAGAUGAUGCCUUUGAAACCGAGGUCAAGACAUUGGGUAAGAUCAGACAUAAGAACAUCGUCAAGCUCUGGUGCUGCUGUUCCACGAGAGAUUGCAAGCUCUUGGUCUACGAGUACAUGCCCAAUGGAAGCUUGGGCGAUUUGCUGCACAGCAGUAAAGGAGGAUUGUUGGGUUGGCAGACAAGGUACAAGAUUAUCUUGGAUGCAGCCGAGGGGCUGUCUUAUCUUCACCAUGAUUGCGUUCCUCCGAUUGUUCAUAGAGACGUUAAGUCCAACAACAUUUUGAUCGAUGGAGAUUACGGGGCAAGAGUCGCAGAUUUCGGCGUGGCCAAAGUCGUUGACUUGACCGGGAAGGCACCCAAAUCCAUGUCGAUCAUCGCUGGCUCGUGCGGUUAUAUCGCACCAGAAUAUGCUUACACGCUCCGGGUGAACGAGAAGAGCGACAUAUUCAGUUUCGGGGUUGUGAUCUUAGAGAUAGUAACUAGGAAACGUCCGAUGGAUCCCGAGCUGGGGGAGAAGGAUCUGGUCAAGUGGGUAUGCACCACAUUGGACCAAAAGGGCAUAGAUCACGUCAUAGACCCGAAACUCGAGCCUUGUUUCAAGGAAGAUAUAAGCAAAGCCCUGAACAUCGGACUCCUCUGCACGAGCCCCUUACCGAUCAACCGACCCUCCAUGAGAAGGGUCGUGAAAAUGCUGCAAGAAAUAAGCGGCGAGACCCAUCUCAGGGUGUCGGAAAAGGACGGGAAAUUGACCCCUUACUACUACGAAGACGCCUCGGAUAUCUGAAAACCGGAUACUCUAUUCGAUUCCUUGUAUAAAUAUAUGAAAUCGAAACGGAGGAAUCGGGUUUUUUCAGGGAGAAAAAGGAAGAAACUUUACCGCAAGAAAAAGCUCUCCAGAUAUUUUUGGCUGGUAAAGUUUGUGACUUUGGGGAGGAGAUUUAUGAUGAUGAAACCCAGUUGGGGUUUUGCUCUUUUGCUUUUAGGGUUUUCUGAAUUUUAGGAGAGGAGAGUGUCCUUUGUAAAGUGUGGGUACCAAAUCGUCAAUGUGUCCCUUUUGCUUUCUAGCAAAAAAAAAAAAAAAGGCUUCAAUGCCUUUGCCCUGU